AUGAUUAGUGCGUCAUCGUGCUUGAUUCGUCCGAGCCCUCGUUGGCUCACUUGGCUGCGAAGGCAAAAAAAGGCAGAAAAGCGCCAGGACGUCUGCGCGUGGUUCACUGCAGUCGUAUUCUUCGUCGUCGGUCCGGCUGCUCGGUCGAUCGCCUUUGAGACAGCUGAGACAGUUACUUGGCCUUCCCUUUGGACAACUCUUCUUAGUACAAUCGGCCUCUCCUCUUCCAGAUCUCUUGUGAGUUUUGUCAACAAGGUCGUCUCGUUCUGAGCUCGGACUCUUUCCCCGCCCACCGCGACUCACGGCAAGGAGAUCCCGUGAGUUGUCCCAUCUGGAACGUGUGCUUUCAGCCCUACCUCGAUGCCCUAGUGAGGAGAAAAAUUGCCCUUGAUCUCAGUGCAGUAUUUCUUCCCACCCGGGCUGCAAUCCUCACCCACCUCGCCUUUGCGGACGAUGCGAUCGUGCUCGUCUCGUCACCGGCAGCACUCGAUCUCCUGAAUGGUCUCGCCGUCGAUUGGCGCUUGGCUACAAACGGACGCUCGAACACGGCCAAGACGACUGCUCUCCCUCUCGGCUUGGGCUGGACUCAGGACGAGCGGGCUAGCGGGAUCGCUACUGUGCGCGCUGGUGAGUGCAUGACUUGGGCUGGCUAUCCGGUUUCCAUCGACGGCAAUCUCUCGCUCUUCUGGAGCACGACACUCAACCGAGCAAAGGCUCGACUGGAGGCAGCGGCGAAUCGACGUGUUUCCCCACGGGCUCGCGCGAUGUACGCCAACUCGUAUGUCACUUCGAGGGUCAUCCACUUGCUCUCGUUCGACAUCCCGCCCGUCACUUUCGUCGACGCUUUUGAACAAGCGCUCAUCUCCUUCGUGUGGCACAACGACUCCUUCCGACCCGUGACAAAAGAGGCGGUCUUCCUCCGUCGCGAUCUUGGUGGAUUGGGCCUGCUGAGCAUCGAGGACAUUGUUUGCUCUAUGGCGAUCCGGUUCUGGGACUGCAUUGCCCAUGGCUUCGAGCCGAUCUGGGCUACACUCGCACGGAUCAGCUGGGAGCGCACAUAUCCGGAAGAAACGUCGAUUUGGUCAACACUGAUUGCCUCACCUCGCCGCGCAACCCACGCGCGGUGGACGAAGGUCAUCAACGUUGCGCGACUGGUGCUGCCCCAUGUGUUCCCAGAGCUCCUUCGGUCGACCGAGGUGCUCGUGAUCCCACCUACUCUGCCUUCUUUACACCCACAAGGCCUGUCGGACGAUGCGCGCAAGCGGCUCAAGAAGUUUGGGGCAAUCAUCGAUCUUUACCGGAGGCCUCAGACGACAGGGGACCCCGUCAACCCAGGCCUGCAACCAGAGUCGUUAUUGGAAAAGCUUUGGGCCGAUGUGAGUGCUAGCUCUCCGAUAGCCUCUGCAUUGCCCCAGCCCGCCGCCGUCCGGACCGCCAUUGGCAACUGCUACUUCCUACGACCCUGCACCUACACGUUCCUUGGCGCGACCCGUCCUUUUACGAUCAAAGCUCUGCGGCACUUCAUCAAUGAGGCCCGCUAUCCCUCGCUGGAUGACAGCUCUCGACUCAAGUGGCCAACAGAUCUCACAAAGUCACAGAAGCAACAGUUCUGGAUCUGGCUCAACAGUCAAUGGGCAACAGCGGUCGAAAAGGACGUUCACUGGAAGCUGAUCUUCGGGGCGACGCCGACAUGCGUUCUGCAACAUCACCAUGGUCACGCUGCAUCUGAUGGGUGUCCACAGUGCGGCCAACGAGACACCUUCAUGCACUUCUACUUCGAAUGUGACCAUUCACGUGAGUUCUGGCGCCUGACCUUGCAGCUGCUGAGGGUUGCACUUGGCCAGGCAGGUGACUUCCAACCUGGCGAAGUUGACUCUCCUCAGAUCAUGCUUGGCCUUCCUCGGGUGCGUGGCGAAAGUCGUGACUCUCGGACCUACAUCGUCGUUCGGGUCGUUCUUGCGAUUGCUUUCAACAAGCUCUACCUUGCUCGAUGGCAUCAGCACAAGGAUCAAAUUCCCCUACCGACCCCGUACUUUCUUACUCGCGAAGUCCGCUCGCAUCUCAAAUUCCGACUUCGACGUCUGCCAGACGGCGAGCUUCUGGACCAGAUGAUGUAACUUGACGUUUUCAUGAGUACGGAGUUUCUGAGUUUUCCCUCCUGAUUUUCCUCCCCUCCCCUCUCUCUCUUUCUCGAUUGUGCCUAUUCUUUAACACCGUGGAAUAGGAAGGGUGGUUGGUGCUCACAUGAUUGGAAUCACACUUUUGGUGGUUUCAGGAGUGUGGGGGCUGCAUGGAUCUAGUGGCUAUGACUUUACAUAA